CAUCACUGCUGGCCACUGACUGGCGGCACUGACUGGCACAACCUCUGGGCACUGACUGGUGGCACUGACUGGCAGCACUGCUGGGCUGCACUGGUGGGUGGCACUGGUGGGCAUCACUGGUGGGUGGGCACAGGUGGGUGGCACUGGUGGGCACAUGUGGGUGGGCACAGGUGGGUGGCACUUCUGGGCACAGGUAGGUGGCACUUCUGGGCACAGGUAGGUGGCACUGCAGAGUGGCACAGGUGGGCGGAGCUAGUGGGCGCACUGCUGGGCACAGGUGGGCGGAACUUGCGGGUGCCACUGCUG